CGCGCCCGGCGUAAACAACGUGUUGCACGCCGGGAAGGGUCGAUAGUGACGUGAGGGGGAGAGGGAGCCUCCAUCUUAGGUGUUAGGCGCGAUCGGCGGCGGGAUGGCGGCUGACAGCCGGGAGGAAAAAGACGGUGAACUGAACGUUCUGGAUGAUAUUUUGACUGAUGCUCCUGACCAGGAUGAUGAGUUGUAUAACCCUGACAGUGAGCAAGAUAAAAGUGAGAAAAAGGGAUCAAAAAGAAAAACUGACAGGAUGGAAAUCGCUGAAAGCAAGAGACAAAAACUUUCUGUUCAUUCAUCGAGGCAAAUGAUGCCAAAGCCUCCUAGUUCAUCAGUUAGCAAUAAUAAGAGAAUAGUGAGUACGAAAGGAAAACCAGUAUCAGAAUACAAGAAUGAGGACUAUCAGAGAUCUGAUAGAAACAAGCGCCCAGAUAGUGAUCGAAAGACACGCAUGUCAAGCAGUUCCAGGGAACCUUAUAAAGGACAACCAGAAAAAUCUUGCAUGAGGAAGAGGGAUAUUGACAGAAGGGCGAAGUCUUCUACACCAGAUGGUUCAGAGAGAAUCAGGCAUGAUGUUGAUAGAAGACCAAGCAGAUCCAGCCAUUCUUCGAAAGAAGAGGUGAACUCUGAGGAAUAUUGUUCAGAUCACGAGACCGGCAGUAGUGGUUCUUCUGAACAAGGCAAUACAGAGAAUGAGGAGGAAGGAAUGGAAGAGGAGGAAGAUGAUGAAGGGGAGGAGGAUGAAGAGGUGGAAGAAGAUGGGGAGGAAGAUGAAGAAGACUAUGAACAGGAUGAGAGAGAUCAGAAGGAAGGAAAUGACUAUGACACACGAAGUGAAGCCAGUGAUUCCGAUUCUGAAUCUGCCUCUUUCACAGAUGGGUCCGUCAGAUCUGGGACUGGUUCAGACGCAUCAGAUGAGAAAAAGAAAGAGAGGAAGAGAGCUAGAGGUAUCUCUCCAAUUGUUUUUGACAGAAGCGGAAGUUCUGCGUCAGAAUCGUAUGCAGGUUCAGAAAAGAAGCAUGAGAAAUUAUCAUCUUCCGUUCGUGCUGUCCAAAAAGACCAAACAAGUAAACUUAAGUACAUUCUCCAAGAUGCAAGAUUCUUUCUCAUCAAGAGUAAUAACCAUGAAAACGUAUCACUUGCUAAAGCAAAGGGAGUGUGGUCGACACUUCCAGUGAAUGAAAAGAAGCUUAAUGCUGCAUUUAGAUCAGCAAGGAGUGUUAUUUUGAUAUUUUCUGUGCGAGAGAGUGGCAAAUUCCAAGGAUUUGCAAGACUAUCUUCAGAGUCCCAUCAUGGAGGAUCACCUAUACAUUGGGUGCUGCCUGCAGGAAUGAAUGCAAAAAUGUUGGGAGGUGUCUUUAAAAUUGACUGGAUUUGCAGGCGUGAAUUGCCGUUCACUAAGUCUGCUCACCUGACCAAUCCUUGGAACGAGCAUAAGCCAGUAAAGAUUGGACGUGAUGGACAGGAAAUUGAGCCGGAAUGUGGAACCCAACUUUGUCUUCUCUUCCCUCCUGAUGAAAGUAUUGACUUGUAUCAAGUCAUUCAUAAAAUGAGGCACAAGAGAAGAAUGCACUCACAACCCCGAUCAAGAGGACGCCCAUCUCGUCGAGACCCUGUUCGGGACGUGGGAAGGCGUCGACCAGAAGAUUAUGAUAUUCAUAACAGCAGAAAGAAACCAAGGAUUGACUAUCCCCCUGAGUUUCACCAAAGACCAGGGUAUAUAAAGGAUCCCAGAUACCCCGAAGUAGACAGACGAUUUUCAGGAGUUCGACGAGAUGUAUUUUUAAAUGGGUCCUACAAUGAUUACGUGAGGGAAUUUCACAGUAUGGGACCACCACCACCAUGGCAAGGAAUGCCACCAUAUCCAGGUAUGGAGCAGCCACCGCACCACCCUUACUACCAGCACCAUGCACCUCCACCUCAAGCUCACCCUCCGUACUCAGGACAUCAUCCUGUACCACAUGAAGCAAGAUACAGAGAUAAACGAGUACACGACUAUGACAUGAGAGUAGAUGACUUUCUUCGCCGCACACAAGCAGUUGUCAGUGGUCGGAGAAGCAGGCCUCGGGAGAGGGACCGAGAGCGGGAACGGGACCGUCCUAGAGACAAUAGAAGAGACAGAGAACGUGACAGAGGCCGUGAUCGGGAAAGGGAGAGAGAGAGGAUUUGUGACCGGGACAGAGACAGAGGUGAAAGGGGCAGAUACCGAAGAUAAUCCAUCUGGAACCAGCACUCACUUGAAACAGAAAGAGCUUGUAUUUUUUUGUGUGUUUACAAGUAGUACAUUUUAUUAUUUUAUUUUCAACUGUCUACUUAAAGUUCGUUGUGUAGAAGGAUUUAUAAUGACCCUCUCUAUUCCAAGCAUGCAGUGAACUAUGAACUGGAAAAACUUAAAUCAGCCAAAAAUAAAAUACGCAAAGCUGACACUCAACUUCACAUUUCUUUUGGAGCAGAAUGGGAAACAGCUAAGAAUGUAGAUAUUGAUUAAUUCUCAGUAAGUGUUCAUCUACUUAGUGAUUUCAUUCUAGGUUUUUGAAUACUGAUGGAUAACUGCCUUUUU